UGUGACUAAAGUGACCAACUGGCAAUAACACUGCACAUACACAGGAUCCUACAGGUUCCAACAAAAGAAAACAAUAACAAUCAGUUUAUCGAACCUUUGGUUUGACAAAAGGUGGAACAAAAAAAAUGUUUCGUUUCACAACAAAAGAUUUAUGCAAAUUUUAUUGGGUCUAUGUUACUAUUGGAUCGAUAUUAUUGUUGUCAAAUUUGGGAGUGGAUGCAAUCAAAUGUUAUCAAUGCAGUACGGAAAAAGAUGGCAAAGAUGCGGAUAAUUGUGGUGCAUAUCGUUCGUUCAACCACAGUGAACAUAUAGCUGUUGAUUGUAUGGGUGAAGAAGCUAAUACACCAGGCACAUUUUGUUUCAAGUCCAUUCAACAAGGACCGCGUGGUUUCAUUUGGGAUGGCCGUUGGCGAAGUGUUAUUCGACGUUGUGCACAAGUGAGCGAACGCGGCAUAUCAUGGAGUUGUGAUUGGGGUUAUUACGAAAAUGGUGUCUAUUGGGAGGAAUGUUAUUGUGCUGAAGAUCAAUGUAAUCAUGCAAUCAAAUUGACAACAAAAUAUCAUCAUAUUGCAUUUAUUGUAAAUAUUAUCAUUUUAUCAUACAUUUUGUCAUAAUUAAAACAAUAUUGAUCCAGUCAAUCAAUUGAU